CUCCUACUCCUGGGAAUUCUUGCAUUUGCCUCCCACUUUCCUGCAGUUUGAUUUGCUUCCCUAAUUGACCUAAAUAAAGCUCGUGACUGACAAGGCACUUCUAGGGCCCCCAGGCAGACACACUACUAAGCAGAGCAGUGAACUCAUCGACACUAAUUCUCCCUUAUUUUCCCUUGAAUAGUCCAAUUUACUGAGCGCUGCUCGCCCAUUUGGAGAAGUCUCCUUUUUCUGUGCCAAGCGUUUAACUGCAGGACAUUUUUAUUUGCCUCUUAUCGUUCCCAUUUGAGGCUUUUAUUGUGAGCAGCGAUGUGAGAGGGAUCAGCAGCCUCUCCGGGAGUGUAGAGCGGGGACAGGAGGCGAAUCCCGGGGACUCACAGCGCGGGGAAGGGAAGAAAGAAUUUUCCGCGGCGCGGAGCGCAUAAUCUGGGCACAACGGUGCGCAUUGAACGCAUCAACCUGAACCACUUCCAUUCCCAGCAGAGACCACUUCUAUCAACAUGCCCGAUGAUUCUACGGAAACCCAAAGCACCACCACCACCACCACCACCACUGCCAGGGUGUCUUCUUUCUCCAUCGAGAAUCUUCUGGGCACCGCAUCCAACAAGGAGGAGAAGAAGCGCGGGGUGGCAGGCUCUGGGCACAAUGUACGGUCCUCUGAGCUCGCAGGCGGCCAUUUCAACUCAUUGUGCUGUCAGAUCUCCCCGUACCAUUACAGCUUCCCACUCAGAGAGAACACCAUGGAGUGGUACCGAAGGGCGCAAGCCACUUACAUCGGAUGCACGAGCCCUGAGACAAGCGACAGAGAUUCCCCAGAAAUCGCAGAAACAGGCGAAGACCAGCGCAGGGGACUGAGGAAGAACAGUGAGAGCCCUGGAGAAAGGAGAGAAGACUUUGCAUGUAAAGAGGAGGAGGAUGAGGAGGAGGCAGAACAGGGCUCAGACCAGAGAUCUUCUCGCAAGAAGAAGACUCGCACUGUGUUCAGUAGGAGCCAAGUCUUCCAGUUGGAGUCCACUUUUGAUAUGAAAAGGUACCUGAGCAGCUCAGAAAGAGCCGGCCUGGCAGUCUCCCUCCACCUCACAGAGACCCAAGUCAAAAUCUGGUUUCAGAACCGGAGGAACAAAUGGAAAAGGCAACUGGCUGCAGACCUGGAGGUCGCCAACAUCUCUCACACUUCCCAAAGGAUAGUAAGGGUCCCAAUUCUGUACCAUGAGAACUCACCUGCUGCCUCCAUGGGCUUUAACUUGCCCCAUGUCUCCCCAGCAGCCCUUGUAGGUUUCUCCAACCCAAUGCACUACCCCCUGGCCUCCUCCAUCCCAACCUCUGUGCCCUUUAUAAGAUCUCAGAUGCCUGGACUUGUCUGAGAGACAAUAGGACUCCAUGGGGGGACUUUUCCACAAUGCCUAUUUUUUAUUAACAACAUAUCAGCUAAUUAUAUUAUAUACUUCGUUUUAUGCCUUUCAAUUUAAGACGUGCAAUAACAAUUACAUGCAAAGCAAACAAAAACACCCUGCAAAAUUCGCUAUUAAACUUUUUCUUUUUAUACUUCCAAAGAAAUUCUACAUGUA